AUGGCCGAAGGGCUGGCAGACAAGGGGCAUUUACCAGGCACGCGGAUUUCUCGAGUUUACGGUGAAUGGGCCAAGGGCGGAUGGGGUGCCCUUCUCACGGAUGAACGCCAGUCAUUGGAACUUUGGAAAAAAUAUGCAGAUACCUGCCAACAACAUGGUACGCCCGCGAUCGCUCAGAUAUGCCACCCUGGCCGCCAGUCCCCGAGAGGUGCAGGGGAACGGGGUCUUUUCGGUAAAGCCAUUGCGCCGAGUGAAGUGCCCCUUCAUAUCGGAAAUGGGUUGGCUCCGACUAUCGUCAGGAAUAUCGUUUUCGGGAUGCCAAAAGCCAUGUCCCAUGCCGAUAUUGAUCAUGUCAUCGCCCAGUUUGUAAAUUGUGCCCGUGUUUUGGCGCAGUGCGGCUUUGGCGGUAUUGAAAUACACGCGGCGCACGGUUAUCUUCUGUCGCAAUUCCUCUCUUCACGAAGCAACAUUCGUCAAGACGACUAUGGUGGUGACGCUGAACGGCGAGCCCGUAUUGUUCUCGAAAUCAUCCACCAGAUUCGAAAGGCAGUUCCUGCGGCCUUCUGCGUCGGGAUCAAGCUGAACUCUGCCGAUCAUAACGCAUCGAGCUUUGAAGACACCAUGACUCAAAUUCAGCUCUUUUCUGAUGCUGGUGUGGACUUUCUUGAAAUCUCUGGCGGAACUUAUGAAGACCCAACGAUGAUGGGCCGUGGGCUGCGAGGUGGAACUAGCAAUACCAAGAGUCAAAAUCCAGAAUCUGGGGAGGCCUUCUUCUUGGAUUUUGCGACACAAGCAAGGAAGCGGUUCCCGAACCUGAUUCUUCUACUCACCGGAGGAUUUCGAACCCGCAAGGGAAUCGAGGCCGCGUUGAAGGAUGGCGUUUGCGACCUUGUCGGCAUCGGCCGCCCAGCAGUUCUCCGCCCCGACUUCCCGCGAUUCAUAAUGGAUGACAUAUACUCCGAUCAAGAAGCUAGGGUGGUGUUUCCCAAAGUUCCCAUCCCAUUCUUGGCGAGGCUGCUCCAAAUCAGGAUGUUGGGUGGAGGCGCAGAAACACAAUACUUCCGUGGUCAAAUUCACCGCAUAGCCGCUGGACUUGUCGCAUAUGCGCCGUAG